AUGUCGGAAAUUAAUGUCAAGGAAAAGAUCGAAACUCCUCCAGUGGAUGGAGAGGUUACCUCUGAAGAGACGACAUCUGGACAAGCCACACCUGAUACCACAACUGAAGAAGAGAGCGAUACCAAAACUGACAAGGACGAUAAAGUCAAAUAUGAACCUCAAGGCUCAAUUUGCAAAGUUCACAAUGUUUAUCAAACCAUGCCCGACGAUGCCGGGCAGACAUCCUGGACCAAAGAUCUACCCGAAAGCCUCAUCGCUCCAGCCGAAGACGCAGACUCCGCCCAGUACGCAUUGAUCAUCAGAAACGCAAAAUGCUACGAUGGUCGCAAAAGCCUCAAGAUUCACUCUGUUGUUGUUCAAAGUGAACCUCUAAAGAAAUUCUUAGGCAAAGCACUGGAGGGGUACCCCGGUGUCACAACCACAUUGCAACGUCUUGAUUUCACCGCGCCAUUCAAACCGCUAGUCCACCGGUGGGACGAGCUAAUCAAGGCCCGAGAUGAGGAAGAGGAUGCGACCACUAAGGAGCAUGUGGAUCUGUUCUACAAUAUCUUCGAGGAGGAGCUCCGGGAUGUCCUUGCCAGCAAAAAAGACAUGACUUCCAACGGUGUGAUUACCCAUGAACUGUUGUGGACUAUUCUUGAGCCUGACGGUUUAAUUAUCAACACAUCUUAUGGCCGUACUCGUGCUUUUCUCUUCGACGAUGCCAGCAUUGAUUGUCGAACGAAGUCUUGGAUCAUCAGUGCCAAUUACAUUGAGUACGACGGCGUAUCAUUCGGAUUUGACGAUGAGACCUUCAAGGUACCUUACUUCAUUGGAACCAAGCCGAUCACAUCACUGCCUAUCUCUCCAUUGAAAUAUCACGCCAACAAGGACACUAUCCGGAACACUCUGCUUGCCCAGGGCAAGGCCUGGGAAGAGCACAAGGGUUUCCACUAUAAGCAAUACGAAGGCCUUGCCUUUGGAUUUUUCUACCGCGAUGGCUGCGAAGAUGUUGUCAGAUAUCAAGUCAAAAGCCGGAUCAUCAUUGACGCAGAGGCUUUCGGUAUCUUCCAUACCGAAAAGUCGAUAUAUGUUAAUAAUGAGAAUGUCGAUGAUGUACUGACCGAUGAGCAACGAAUCGUUGCGUCCGGAAUGGUUUAUGGUUAUUCUCUUAAAGAUAAGGAAUGGUUGAAGUUCUACCUCGACUCCACAUCGGAUAUCGAGUGGAAUACUCGCGCCUUUGAUUCUCUGGUUCUGCCAAAGGGUCAAGAGAAUCUGAAGGAGCUUAUUCUGGCCUUUGCCCAGGCACAGUCUAAGCAAGUGGAUGACUUUGACGAUGUGGUCCAAGGCAAGGGUCGUGGAAUUAUCAUGCAGUUGAGUGGUCCUCCUGGUGUGGGAAAGACUCUUACUGCAGAGAGUGUCGCUGAAGUGAUGAAGGUGCCUCUUUACUCUAUCAGCGCCGGUGAUUUGGGCACCGCAAACUACGAAGUGGAGAAGAAGCUCAAGGAUAUCUUACGCAUGACUCCUCGUUGGGGUGCUGUCCUACUUAUUGAUGAGGCAGAUGUGUUUAUGGAGGCCAGAUCUCCAGAUGAUCUUGUGAGAAAUGAGCUUGUCUCAAUUUUCCUACGAUUGCUCGAGUACUACGAGGGAAUUCUAUUCCUGACUACCAACAGAUCUGAGCACAUUGAUCCUGCAUUUGAAUCUCGUAUCCACGUUUCAAUCGCAUAUAGCGAUCUUGAUGUAAAAUCAAGACGCCACGUCUGGUCUCAAUUCUUGAAUGGAUCCACCAAGGCUGAUGUUGUUUCUGAGGAGGAGCUGGACAACUUAUCAGCAGUGGAGUUGAACGGUCGUCAGAUCAAGAAUGUGAUCAAGACAGCCAGUCUGCUGGCGUGGUCAAAGAAUACAUACCUCCAAUAUGAGCACAUCCAAAAGGUACUGAGUCUUCGAGAACUCAAAUAA